AGUGACAGUGAUACGAUCCGCCUUUCGUUUUGUGGUUCUUGUUCGUCGAUGUCCGUCGCGUAAUUUUGGUCGUCGAAAGAAUAGUAAAUAACAGCUGUUAAUUUAUUCCCAUUCAACCUUUGAUCUCGGCAAGUUAGUGUCUGGAUUACUGAAAAUCCUGUAGUGGUCAUUGAAGUUACUGUGUGAAAGAUUAGCCGAAACAUCAGACCAUCAUGGAUGUCUCCUCGCCGUGGCUCCUAGACUUGAACAGUUUGUAUGCGAAAUAUGUGAAGUGGGUCUCCGGCAAUCCUUCCGCACUUGGAGAUGUUGAGAUGGCUGUGAAAUGGUUGUCCUAUUUCGUUGCUGGAAAAAUCAACAACUCCCCGGCCGUUUCCGAGCUGGUGUACUCCCUGUCCAAUUUGUUAGUAUUCUUCAACGACAGGAUUAUCGAGAAGGCGAAUGGGUGCACUAUCCAGACUGAUAGCAGUUCCCUUGCGCGCCAGAUCAAGAACAUCCUGACGAUGUUGGAAUACUGUGAGGUGUUUAUUGAGCUGUCGGCCCACAAGCUGUGGGGUUCCAGAGGACGUUGGUUCGUUAUCGUCGUAGUGCAGUCAGUCAAAUGCAUUGGCCGUUUGAUUCUAACCAUGUUCUGUCAGAACAAUAACAUCGUGAAGAACCCUCCGAUCCCUGUCCUGGACAGAAGUAAUCUAACGGAAACGAACCGACCAGACAGCACCUUCCAAGAACAGUCCGAUACCGUCGUGCUCAAACGUUCGGGCCGUGUACUCCGCAAGGUCGAAGGUGCCCCACCCAUUGCAACCAGAAACUUCAAAAAGCUAAAGCAUGGACCGGUGGUCAUUCAGUAUGGUGGCCGUUUUAUACGAACAGCUGAAUUGAUGUACAUUUUCAAGCCGUUAGUUCAUUUAGCGUGUAUCCGUCUGUACGGAAUGAAGAGCUGGAAAAGCUAUCUGGUGCCAAUGGCCAUCGAUGCCGCCAGCCUCCGCAUUUACUACAAACAUCGUAGUGACCUUUCGAGGGAUCAGAAACAGGAGCUUUCCCGCCGGUGCGUAUCGAUGCUUCUCUACCUUAUGCGGUCGCCCUUCUACGAUAGGUAUAGUAAGCAACGGAUCGCCUCGCUACUGACUGGUAUUGGAAGCAAGGUUCCGUUCACGGGCGCCAUCACCAGUAUGAUUCUUUCUUACAUUCCGCACUGGCAGGAGACCUACUUCUACAUGUGGUCAACCUAAGCACCUGCGAAACAAAUAUCAAUAUUGAUUUAGUUGUAAGCAUCAUAAUGGUGAAUGACUAUAUUUUAUUGACCUUAGCGAAAAUUGGAGAAUGCCGGUGGAUAGUUCAUGACAGGAAUGAAAAGAAAUGUUUUUUUUAUGCUGGUUCGAAGAUAUGUAGAUGUAUUUUUUAUAAAGUAGUAUAAUGUAUAUAAUAUAUAUUGUUGGUUGAGAAGAUGUAAAUCUACACAAUUUUGGAGUAAGUAAUAAAAAUGAAAUUGGCAGGACUGAAUAAAUGUCGUCGCCAUUGAAUUA